ACUAGAAAGCUCUGUAAGCGGAGGGAAAAGCAGAAUCCCGUAUUCCUGUGCCCGCCAAAGGCCAAACCCAGGAAUCCUACAAGUACUCUCUCGACCUAAGCCAAGAUGAGUACUAUGAAAUUUUGCCGUGAAUGCAACAACAUUCUGUAUCCAAAGGAAGACAGGGACCAGAAGAUCCUUCUCUACGCUUGCCGGAAUUGCGAUCACCAGGAGGCAGCUGAUAACAAUUGUGUCUAUAGAAAUGAGGUACACCACUCUGUUGGAGAGCGCACUCAAGUAUUGCAGGAUGUGGCUGCAGAUCCAACUCUUCCUCGAACUAAAUCUGUUCAUUGUGCAAAAUGUGGUCAUGGAGAAGCUGUCUUCUUCCAGGCAACCGCUAGAGGAGAGGAAGGUAUGACGCUGUUCUUUGUCUGUUGUAACCCAAACUGUGGAUAUCGUUGGAGAGAUUGACGUUAGAUUGCGCAUAACCAGCAUUGGUGUAACAAAAGGUCUAUAUUCCUGAACUUAGGAUUUUUGCAGCAAUUUGUCUGAAAAUGCAGAUCCGCAGCUUCAACGUUUAACACUUCCAUGUUAAUUUUUAAUGUGGGUUGCCACCAUCGUUCAGGCAUAAAAACUUGUGAUUUGUCAGAAUUCUGUUGUAAUUUUUUGUGUAAACAACUUCCCCGCAGUGGCCUUUUUUUUUGGUAUUUUUUCUUUUCUAGAAGGGCGUUGAACUGAUUGAAGAUUG